AUGGGGAACUGCAUCGUGCCAUACUGCAACGGUCCCAAAAGUACCAACAUCAGAUGGACUCUACCCGCGGUGUGCUUUGCGUGGCAGUGCGCUAUGAUCGUACUGUUCGGGGUGUUUGUGCGUUAUAACGAUGAAACGGACACUCACUGGGUGGAACACAAAGCUAUGAAAAAUAUUUCCAGUGAUAUUGAGAAUGAUUUCUACUACAGAUAUCCCAGUUUUCAAGAUGUCCACGUCAUGAUUUUUGUGGGCUUCGGAUUCCUAAUGACAUUUUUGAAGCGCUAUGGCUUUGGUGCUGUUGGGUUUAACUUCCUCAUUGCAGCUUUUGGGAUUCAGUGGGCACUACUAAUGCAAGGCUGGUUCCACUGGUUGGACUUCAAAGAUGGUUUUAUCAAAAUCGGUGUUGAAAAUAUAAUCAAUGCAGAUUUCUGUGUGGCGGGCUGUCUGAUUGCAUAUGGAGCAGUGCUUGGAAAAGUUAGUCCUGUGCAGUUGAUGGUGCUGACCCUGUUUGGAAUUACCCUGUUUGCUGUUGAAGAAUAUAUCAUAAUUACGCUCAUUCAUGCCAAAGAUGCUGGGGGAUCUAUGGUGAUCCACACUUUUGGAGCUUAUUAUGGUCUGGCCAUCUCAUGGGUCCUCUAUCGGCCCAACCUGAAAAGCAGCAGUCAUUUAAAUGGAUCUGUCUAUCACUCUGACACGUUUGCCAUGAUUGGAACUCUGUUUCUGUGGAUGUUCUGGCCCAGUUUCAAUUCUGCCAUUUGUGAUCAUGGAGAUGGACAGCACAGAGCAGCUAUUAAUACAUACCUCUCACUGGCUGCCACUGUACUGACCACCUUUGCUCUUUCCAGCCUGUCUCAGAAGCAUGGGAAACUGGACAUGGUACACAUCCAGAAUUCCACCCUGGCAGGCGGUGUUGCUGUAGGAACAGCUGCUGAGUUUAUGCUGAUGCCUUAUGGUUCCUUGAUAGUAGGAUUUUUUUGUGGAAUCAUCUCUACACUGGGCUACAAAUACAUCUCGCCCUUUAUGGAAAAGAAGUUAAAGAUCCAGGACACUUGUGGUAUCCAUAACCUUCAUGCCAUGCCAGGUGUGAUAGGGGGAAUUGUAGGAGCCAUAUCAGCUGCUGCUGCAACUGAACCCGUUUAUGGUAAAGAGGGGCUAAUAGCUACCUUUGAUUUUAAUGGCGCUUUUAAGAACAGGACUCCUGCUGUACAGGGUGGCUACCAGGCCGCUGGAAUGUGUGUGGCUGUGUGUUUUGGAAUAGGAGGUGGAAUACUUGUGGGUCUGAUCCUAAGGAUGCCAAUCUGGGGCUCUGUUACAGAUGAGAAGUGUUAUGAUGAUGAAAUCUACUGGGAGGUACCUGGAGAAGAGGAAGCAGCUACACCUGUUUUAGAAUACAACAAUCACCUGGCCAUCAACAAUGCAAAUAUAGCGGAUACAGCCUUGUCUGUGGAGCAGCACUAAUCAUGGAGGAGCAGCCUGCUAGCAGCCGUGAUUCCUGCCCCAUGUUUUCUUCCUUCAUACAGCACUAUAGGCGGAUGUGUUCAGUAAUGUCCUUUAUCAAAACAGCAUCAGAUACAUUUUUUUAACCCUAUCAAUUUAUAAGAUUGUAAUUGUAACAUUAAAUAUCUGAAGCCUA